GUAUCUUAGCACAACAUCCGCCAAUUUCUCUACCUUACGCAUUGAUUCGCCUUGACGACCGGCCAACUCGCCGGAGUUUUCCCCGUCGAGUACGGGUCAACCACUUCCUUUUAUACAGAUUUAACAAACUUACCAGAAAUUUCUCGAGAAACAGUCUGUUAUAUAUUUUUUUAUAAAUAUAUAUACAAACACAUAUAUUCCUUCUUCGUUUUCAUCAACGAUACAGAGAGAAAACAGGACAGUGAAAGAGAAGAGAAGAAAAUAUGAGUGUUGAUUACUAUAAAACACUGAAAGUGUCACGUAAUGCGAGUGAAGAAGAUUUGAAGAAAUCGUAUAAGAGAUUGGCGAUGAAAUGGCAUCCGGAUAAGAAUAGUGAGAAUAAGAAGGAAGCUGAAGCGAAAUUCAAGCAGAUAUCUGAGGCUUAUGAUGUGCUGAGUGAUCCUCAGAAGCGUCAGAUCUAUGAUAUAUAUGGUGACGAGGCACUGAAGUCUGGUCAAUUCGAUCCAUCCUCACCUAGUGAUAGAAGAGGAUUUAAGUUCAAUUCGCGUGAUGCGGAAGAUAUUUUCGCGGAAUUUUUUGGUGGAUCGGAUGGGUACAGUAGGAGUACUGGUGGUACUGUACGGAUUCGGAAAGCUGCGCCGGUGGAGAACAAGUUGCCGUGUAGCUUGGAGGAGUUAUACAAGGGUUCUAAGAGGAAAAUGAAGAUUUCAAGGAUUGUUCUUGAUGGCACUGGUAAGCCCACAACUAUUGAAGAGGUCUUGGCAAUACACAUUAAACCUGGUUGGAAGAAAGGCACAAAAAUUACUUUUCCAGAGAAAGGGAACCAUGAGCCUGGAGCUGCACCUGGUGAUCUUAUUUUUGUAAUAGAUGAAAAGCCACAUGACGUUUUCAAGAGGGAUGGGAAUGAUCUAGUGAUCAAUCAGAAAAUCUCAUUAGUAGAUGCUCUCGCUGGGAAAACUAUCAACCUGACUGCUUUGGAUGGAAGGGAACUCACUAUACCAAUCACAGAUGUUGUUAAACCAGGACAUGAGCAGAAAAUCCCGAAUGAAGGAAUGCCAAUAUCGAAAGAACCUGGAAAGAAAGGAAAUUUGAGGAUCAAGUUUGAGGUUAAAUUCCCGUCAAGGCUUAGUUCAGAUCAGAAAUGUGAUAUCAGAAGAGUAUUGGGCAGAACUGCCGACUACCAUGGUUAUACUUGAGAUUUUACCAAGACUGAUUGUUUAUGUACAUACUUGAAAAGUUUGCAUAAGGUUUAUGCUAGACAUAAGACAGGAAAAUUGUGCAUAGUAGGACUACUGUUUUGACACGAUGCCUCUCAAAGUUCACUUUUGUUUAGCACCAUAAAAGGAGCUAAUAUAGCAGCUGCCCAUAUAUAAUUCUUACGUUGGAACACGUUAGCUAGUUUACUAGUUUUAAUAACUGUGCUAUUUUAUUUAAUUUGGAGGUAGAUGCUAUACAUCAAGUAAUUGGAGUUGGGAGUAGCUUGCUAUCUUGUUCGAAUUUUAUUUUCAUCUGUGGCUGCAGAUUGUGGCAGACUAGUAAUGAACCU